AUGUUGACUCUCGAGUGGGAGUCGGAAGGACUGCAAACAGUGGGUAUUGUUGUGAUUAUAUGUGCAUCUCUGAAGCUGCUUCAUUUGCUGGGACUGAUUGAUUUUUCCGAAGACAGCGUGGAAGAUGAACUGGAGAUGGCCACCGUCCGGCAUCGGCCUGAGGCUCUGGAGCUUCUGGAAGCCCAGAGCAAAUUUACCAAGAAGGAGCUCCAGAUUCUUUACAGAGGAUUUAAGAAUGAAUGUCCCAGUGGUGUUGUUAAUGAAGAAACCUUCAAAGAGAUUUACUCACAGUUCUUUCCACAGGGAGACUCUACAACAUACGCGCAUUUUCUGUUUAAUGCAUUUGAUACGGACCACAAUGGAGCUGUGAGUUUUGAGGAUUUCAUCAAGGGUCUUUCCAUUUUGCUCCGGGGGACAGUACAAGAAAAACUCAACUGGGCAUUUAAUUUGUAUGACAUAAACAAAGAUGGCUACAUCACUAAAGAGGAAAUGCUUGAUAUAAUGAAAGCAAUAUAUGAUAUGAUGGGUAAAUGCACAUAUCCUGUUCUCAAGGAAGAUGCUCCCAGACAACACGUCGAAACAUUUUUCCAGAAAAUGGACAAAAACAAAGAUGGAGUCGUUACCAUAGAUGAGUUCAUUGAAAGUUGCCAAAAAGAUGAAAACAUCAUGCGCUCCAUGCAGCUCUUUGAAAAUGUGAUUUAACUUGUCAAAUGCAUCCUCAAACAGACAAAU